CAUUAAAAAAAGAGUAAAACUUUAGAAAGAUCUGAAAAACCCUAAUUUCACCCCUCUUUUAUGUUCCUCCCUCAUUUGAUUCCCCUUUUUCUAGGGUUUUAUACUUUUAUCGAAAGAAUUUAUUCUUCCAAGUUUUCUUCUUUUCCACACUCUCUUUCUUCUACUCUCUUUGAAUUUUCCAGCUUUUAGAACAGUUUCAAUGGAGAUGAUGGCGACCAUGAGCUCAAACGCUGUCGUUUUACACAGUUUUGUUCUUCAGACUGUCGUUUCAGUUGCUGCGCAAUCUCUCUCUUUUGCUCUUGCUAUGCUAGAGUCUUUGCCACGCGGUGGUAUUGUGCUGCCACAGGAGCCUGGAUCAUUCAAAUGGCUCCCGUUAUCUGAGUUCCACAGUACUGAGAAACCUGAUCCAGAGAAUAAAGAUGCAGAUGUAGAUGAGGACGACGACGAUGAUGACGAUGAAGAGGAAGAUGACAAGGCUGGUGGACGGGUAGGUGGUGAUGUCGAUGAACGUGAGGAGGUGACCAAUGGGGAAGGGGAACCUGAGGAGGGACCAGAGUCCAAUGGAGAAGGUACUGAGAAACCUGAUCCAGAGAAUAAAGAUGCGGAUGUAGAUGAGGACGACGACGAUGAUGACGAUGAAGAUGAAGAUGACAAGGCUGGUGGAUGGGUAGGUGGUGAUGUCGAUGAACGUGAUAAGGUGACCAAUGAGGAAGGGGAACCUGAGGAGGGACCAGAGGCCAAUGGAGAAGGUACUGAGAAACCUGAUCCAGAGAAUAAAGAUGCGGAUGUAGAUGAGGACGACGACGAUGAUGACGAUGAAGAUGAAGAUGACAAGGCUGGUGGAUGGGUAGGUGGUGAUGUCGAUGAACGUGAUAAGGUGACCAAUGAGGAAGGGGAACCUGAGGAGGGACCAGAGGCCAAUGGAGAAGGUGCUGAAGGAGAGGAAGAAGAUGACGAUGAGGAGGAAGAUGAAGAUGAGGAUGAUGAUGAUGACGACGACGACGACGAGGAUGGUGGAGACGAGGAUGAGGAAGAUGAAGAGGAGGAAGAAGAUGAAGAAGAGGAAGAGGAACCUCCAUCUAAGAAGAGGAAAGGAGCUUAAUAGAAUCUCCUUUGUAAUUUUUUUUUCUUUUGUUUUUUUUUUCUUCUAAAAUUUCCUUUUUCAAGGGGUGAAUGUUCGGUAGCCGUUGUUCAAAUGUGAGGAUUAAGCUUGUCACGAAUGUAGAAAAAAAUUAUUGAAGUGUUCAUGUAUUAACCCAUGUUAUGUUAACAAUUUAGGGAAUAAUUACCAUUUUAGUUUCCAACUUUAUGUUGUUAGAAAUAAUACUCUUUUCCCCGUUUCUUCAUUAUGAUCAUAUGAGCGUUCUUUGUUU